AUGAAGACUUCAUUCUCUGCCUUGGCCUUGGCCGCUGCUUUGCUCUUGGGUUCGGCGAAUGCCCACGUCAAGCUCAAGUCACCGGUUCCAUUCAGGGCUUCGACUGGGGCACCCCAGAAUGCAGCGCAGCAGGACUUCGACAUGACGGCUCCUCUCGACAAGUCUGGCAGCAACUUCCCUUGCAAGGGCUACCACAAAGAUGCGCAGGGAACUCAGCCGCUCGUCGAUUGGCCAGCCGGAAGCACCCAGGUCAUGAGCUUUGAGGGACAAGCAACACAUGGCGGUGGAUCUUGCCAGGCUUCGUUGUCUGAGGAUGAAGGGGUUACCUGGAAGGUCAUGAAGUCCUAUGUUGGGGGAUGCCCGCUCAAGGACGCUAGCUUCACUGUUCCCAAGGAGGCCAAAAGUGGUGCCGCUAUUUUCUCCUGGUAAGCUAUCCGAUCCUUCAUAUCUCUCUCGAGGCGCUAGAGUUAACAGAGCAAUUAGGUCGUGGUUCAACAACCAGGGCAAUAGAGAAAUGUACAUGAACUGCGCAGCCGUCACCAUCACUGGCGGCGGAUCCGGAUUGUCCGCGCAUCCAGACAUGUUCACAGCGAACAUUGGAAAUGACUGCACCACCGUAGAAGGCAGCGACGUCGCAUUCCCCGACCCGGGCGAGGACGUCGAGGGCUCAGGAGGUGCCCCACCGACCGGGAGUGGUUGCGGCGCAACUGGCUCGCAGCCCCCUGCUGGCGGCUCACCGCCAUCUGGUGGCUCACCGUCCUCCGCGCAGGUUACGGGCACACCCUCCGCGCCAACUGGCGGCUUGCCGUCCUCCGCGCCAACUACUGGCAAGCCGUCCGCGCCGACUGGCGGGCCGUCGUCCUCUGCGCCAAUUACCGGCACGCCGUCCGCGCCGACUGGCGGGCCGUCGUCCUCUGCGCCAAUUACUGGCACACCGUCCGCGCCAACUGGCAGCUCACCGUCCAAGGUCGCCGGCGGGCCAGGGGGCAACAACCCCAACCCGAGCCCCUCCUCCAGCAGCGCCCCACGGGCCACCCCUCCUGUGCCAACUGCCUCAUCCCCAAAUGCCGCUAGCACCUCCGCACCCACAGGAACACCCAAGACAUCUGCCCCGGCCCCAUCCACCGCUCCCUCUCCAUACCCGCAACCCCCCACCGGCGGAACUUGCGUCGAGGGCGCCAUCACAUGCAAUGCCGAUGGAACAUGGAGCCAGUGCGGGAGCGGGGUCAACCAUAACAUGGGCAAGAUUGCUCCUGGAACCAACUGUGCGAACGACAGGAUGAAGGCUAUCAAGAUCAAGCGUUCCAUUCGCUUCUCGGGCGAACAUAUGGCUCGUAACGCUUAA